AUGACUGAUAAUAAUGCACGACGUGAAGAAAUUGAAAAAUUUCAAGCAAAACGACGACGAAUUGAACAGUCCGAAUCUGAAGAUGAAUUUAAACUAGAUGAUGAUGUUGAAUUACAGACAGCAAAUAAAAAUAGAGGUGAAAAUACUUAUGUACCAUUGAAAGAACGACGUCAAAGACAAUUACAACGUGUUCUGGGCGGUAUAAAUGCUAGUCAUUUAAAUGUGGAUAAUACAGAUAAUCCUUUCUCAUCGGAUAUGACACAUGCACAACCGAUUGCUGAAGAAAUAACUGUUGGACCACAAGCUAAUUUUACAUUACUUGAUCAAAUGAGUGAAUUAAAAAAAAAUCAAAAUUCAUCUGAUCAAACAAGUACAGAUAAAAUACUUGAAGAAGAAGAACGAAUUCUUCAAAAUGUCGUUGAAACAAAAGCUUUAAUGGGUGUAGCUGAAUUAGCCAAAGGUAUUGAAUAUACAGAACCAAUUCGAACAAGUUGGCGACCACCACGAGUUAUUCUUCGAAUGCCCGAAUCACGUCAUCAACGUAUUCGACAAAUCUAUAAUAUCAAUGUAGAAGGUGAUGAUAUUCCACCACCAUUAUGUCGAUUUGAAGAUAUGAAAUUAUCAAUAGGUGUUUUAAAUGCAUUAAAAGAAAAACAGAUUAUGCGACCUACACCUAUACAAAUGCAAGGCAUUCCAUCAGUUUUAUCUGGUCGAGAUCUUAUUGGUAUUGCUUAUACUGGAAGUGGAAAAACUUUAGUUUUUGUUAUACCUAUUAUUCUAUUUUGUAUUGAACAAGAAAAAGCAAUGCCAUUUAUACGUAAUGAAGGACCUUAUGGUCUUAUUAUUUGUCCAUCGCGUGAAUUGGCACGUCAAACUCAAAUGGUCAUAUCAAAUAUUUGUGAACACGUACAAAAAGCUGGAUUACCAUUAUUACGAACAAUAGCAUGUGUUGGUGGUACAGCUAUGAAAGAUCAAUUAGAAACAAUAAAAAAUGGUGUACAUAUUAUUGUAGCAACACCUGGACGUUUAAUGGAUAUGCUUGAUAAGAAAUUACUCUUUUUAGAUGUUUGUCGAUAUUUAUGUUUGGAUGAAGCUGAUCGAAUGAUUGAUCUUGGUUUUGAAGAAGAUGUUCGAAAUAUAAUAUCACAUUUUAAAGCACAACGACAAACAUUACUAUUUUCAGCAACAAUGCCAAAAAAAAUACAAAAUUUUGCUAAAAGUGCAUUAGUUAAACCAAUAACAAUUAAUGUUGGUCGAGCAGGUGCUGCUAGUUUGGAUGUUAAACAAGAAGUUGAAUAUGCUAUGCCAGAAGCACGAAUUAUGUCAUUAUUAUUAGCAUUACAAAAGACUGCACCACCAGUUUUGAUUUUUGCUCAACGUAAACAAGAUGUUGAUGCUAUCCAUGAAUAUUUAUUAUUGAAAGGUGUUGAAACUGUUGCAAUACAUGGUGGAAAAGAUCAAGAAGAACGUUUCUAUGCAUUAGAAAAAUUUGUUAAAGGUGAAAAAGAUGUUCUUUGUGCAACUGAUGUUGCAUCAAAAGGUUUAGAUUUUCCUGAGAUUCAACAUGUUAUUAAUUAUGAUUUACCAGAAGAUAUUGAAAAUUAUGUUCAUCGAAUUGGUCGAACAGGUCGUUGUGGACGACAAGGUCUUGCAACAACUUUUAUUAAUAAAACAUGUGAUGAAGCUCUUCUACUUGAUCUUAAACAUCUAUUAAUUGAAGCUAGACAAAUCGUUCCAUCAUUUUUACUUCGACUUGAAUCGGAUAAAGAACAUUUACUUGAUAUUGGUGAUGAACCUGGUUGUUCAUAUUGUAAUGGUCUUGGUCAUCGUAUAACAAAUUGUCCUAAACUUGAAUCUCAACAUAAUAAGACAGCAAUUAAUAUGAAAAAGAAUGAUUUUUUAGCAAAAGGAAAUUCAGAUUGGUGA